AUGGCGCUGAGGAAGGCGAACAAGCUGAGCCAGACGGCGAUGCUGAAGCAGAUCGUGCGCAGGUGCUCGAGCUUGGGGAGGACCGGCGAACAGGAAGAAGGGCUCCCCCUCGACGUCCCCAAGGGCCACUUUGCCGUCUACGUUGGGGAGAACAGGAGCCGCCACAUCGUCCCCAUCUCCUUCCUCACCCACCCUGGUUUCCAGAGCCUCCUCCGCAGUGCAGAAGAGGAAUUCGGCUUCGACCACGACAUGGGCAUCACGCUCCCCUGCGAAGAGGUCGUCUUCCGGUCCCUCACUUCGUUGCUCCGGUGA